AUGGCCGGCCCACAGCAGGACGUGUUGGCUGACUUUGGAUGCUGUUGUCGUUGCGUGGACGACGAUGUUGGCUAUCAAGUUUCGAAGCUGCCGGAGGCAAGCUGGGCGAUACACGAGGCAGGAGAGGAAGAUGAGGAGGAAAUAAGCUUUAGCCCUCUCGUCAGACCACGUCCUGUGCGAGGUCACACGGUGGAAGAAUGGUCAAGCCUUGGAAGAUUGAGGCCUCGAGACCUUGACUUUUCUGAGCUAACUCGCAGUGGACCCGGCAUCAGGAUCGGCAAGAUGGAACAGCGCGGAAUCACUUUUGACCAGCUCAAGAAGAUUCUAGUUUUUGUCAAGAAGCGCUGUGAUGGAAACGGUGUAAUCAGAGGGUGGUACGACAGCAGGACUGGCGAGCAGCUCGAAUACAGGAAGCUGACUUUGGCCCAACUCCACCACUGGUUGAUUGAGCCAGUAACCACAAGGCUGCAGUGCAGCUAUGUGGAAGCUGUGGCGAAGGAGGAGUACGCGCAGCUACCUGCGUGGUUUGUUGGGCACACUUGGCAUGAGCCCUUCGUGGAUUUCGUGCGUCGGACAAUGAAGCACGGAACGCUGGGAGCGGGGGACGCUUUCUGGUCCUUCGCCUUCUCGGCACGGUGGCAUGAAUGCCGCGAGAUGCUCGUCGGUGGAUGCUCAAGUGUAGAGUGUCUUCGCACGCUCAAAUCACUGAGAGCCCGGCGCCUGGACACGACAGCCCUGGCACGCAACUGCUUCACGAAGAACAUUCAAUCUUGCAACAAGAACUGUGUUGACGAGCGCGUUCAGGAGCCUCCCAGAAUACGUGCUGCAUUUCUCGGGAUCUUCCUAGCCAGGAAGGGCAGAUCGAAGGGCUUCUUCAGGCAUGUGUACAAGGCAGUGAAAGGCGAGAGCGACAUGGUCCCUUCUGGACAAGACCUCAAAAACAUCAGCCUAAGCUUUGACUCGGGCGACAUUCUCGGAGAUGGAAGUGUCAUGAAGAGCAUUGUUAAAGAGGGCGUGGACCCGCCAGUAUUCCCGGUCUUUGGAGACGAUUGCGUGACGCACUUCGUGGGCACUCUGCCAGAUGGAACAAUAUUCAACGACACAACAAAACGUGAUCAGCCUUUCAAGUUUCGGCUUGGGGCAGAACAUGUGUUGGAAGGCUUCGACGAAGGCGUCGCGACGAUGCGAAAGGGUGAGCGUGCCAUCUUUCAGCUGUCGCCAGAAGUGGCGUACGGCUCCUUUGGUGCACGGGAUGAACGGGGAUGGCAGGUGCCGCCAGAUACUCCAGUCACUUUCGAUAUCCUUCUUCUGGAUGUGGUCAAAGCUGCAGAAAACUCAGCGACUGCACAGGAUCCCGUUCCAGGAUAUGGACGGGAAGACGUAGGUUCUGGUGGGGCGAGUCCAGAUGGAAAGUACUCGUGGAAGCGCAAUGGAGCUGAGGUGCUCGUGAUGGCUCCAGUGGCGGAUGAUAUUGAGACCAAGGAUGUCAGCCAUGUUUUUCAAGAAGCUUAUAUUUGCAUAGCAGUGCGCGGAGCAACCCUGUUGGCUGGACGGCCUGGUUGCGAUGUGGAAGCGGAGGAAUGUUACUGGGAAUUUGCCUGGGAAUCUGGACAGCGGUGUUUGUGUAUCCAUCUUCAAAAGAAAGGCUCACUUUCGGCGAGAUGGAUUCUUGGCAAUGAGCCCGCAAAGUGUCGUAGCUUUGGCAUGCCGCCACUACUCAAGUGUUGUGUGUAG